AAAGAUAAAAUAGAGUAUAUUAGUAGGCUUGAUCAAUUAAUAUAACAAGCGGUAUGGGAAGAAGGCAAGACGGCAGAGGCAGUGUGAUGCUUUGUCUAGCGCGUGCCUGGAUGGAUCAGGGCCAGGGGUGGACUGACCAUUUGGAAACUCGGGCACUGCCUGAGGGCCCAGGGACAGUAGGGGGCCCCAUGAGAUGCCCCUGGUACCUUUUUCAUAGGCUUUUUUGAGUUUGGGCAAGGACACAGGGGCCCCACGAUCCCCUAUUGCCCGGGGGCCCCAUGAGUUGUCAGUCCUCCCCUGAUCU